AUGGGCGACUGGAGUUUCCUGGGGAACAUCCUGGAGGAGGUGAAUGAGCACUCCACGGUCAUCGGCCGCGUGUGGCUCACGGUGCUUUUCAUCUUCCGGAUCCUCAUCCUUGGCACGGCCGCGGAGCUCGUGUGGGGGGAUGAGCAGUCCGACUUCGUGUGCAACACCCAGCAGCCAGGCUGCGAGAAUGUCUGCUACGACGAGGCCUUCCCCAUCUCCCACAUCCGCCUCUGGGUCCUGCAGAUCAUCUUCGUCUCCACGCCGUCGCUGGUGUACGUGGGGCACGCGGUGCACCACAUCCGCAUGGAGGAGAAGCGCAAGGAGCGCGCGGCCGAGGAGCUGUGCCAGGGGUCGCCCGGCAACGGCGGCGGCGAGAGGGCGCCCCCCCCAGCGGACCAGGGCAGCAUCAAGAAGGGCAGCAGCUGCAGCAAAGGCGCCAAGAAGUUCCGGCUGGAGGGGACCGUGCUGAGGACCUACGUCUGCCACAUCAUCUUCAAGACCCUCUUUGAAGUGGGCUUCAUCGUGGGCCACUACUUCCUGUACGGUUUCCGGAUUCUACCUCUCUAUCGCUGCAGCAGGUGGCCCUGCCCCAACGUGGUGGACUGCUUCGUGUCACGGCCCACCGAGAAAACCAUCUUCAUCCUGUUCAUGCUGUCCAUGGCCUCUGUGUCCCUCUUCCUCAAUAUUCUGGAGGUGAGUUACUUGGGCCUGAAGAGAAUCCGAUCUGCCUUCAAGAAGCCAGUGGAGCAGCCACUGGGGGAGAUUCCUGAGAAGUCCCUCCACUCCAUUGCUGUGUCCUCCAUCCAGAAGGCCAAGGGCUACCAACUCCUCGAAGAAGAGAAAAUCGUGUCCCAUUAUUUCCCUUUUACUGAGGUUGGGAUGGCGGAGGCCAGCCCACUCUCUGCCAAGCCUUCCAGUCAGUUCGAGGAGAAGAUGGGCACCAGUCCCCUAGGGGACUUGUCCAGGGCCUACCAAGAGACACUGCCUUCCUACGCUCAGGUGGGAGGCCAGGAGGGGGAGGAGGAGGGGCAGCCUGCGGAGGCGGGAGCGGAACCAGAGGCGAGAGAGAAGAGGCAGGAGGCAGACAGAGUGAGCACGGGAGGCCAGGAGCCCCUGGCCGUGCUGGAGGGGGAGAACGUGGAGACCCCCGAAGUGGGGAAGGAGGUUGAGAAAGAAGAGCUGACGCCUGAGAAGUUAUCAAAGCAGGGGCUGCCGCCUGAGAAGGCGCCUUCACUGUGUCCGGAGCUGUCUGGGGAUGACACCAGACCCCUGAGCAGGCUGAGCAAAGCCAGCAGCCGGGCCAGGUCAGACGAUCUAACGGUAUGA